AUGCCAUUUGUCAAGGAUAAAGAUGGCAAUACCAAUUUUACAGUAGUGUCCAUGCCGAAGGAGAGGAUAGUCCCGACGACCCCUACUGAGCCAGGUGAAGGCAACGAGCAGCCGGCCAAGGAGGUACAACGGCGGCUGAGGAAGGCUAUAUGCCUGUCGAUGUUCUUUAUGAUAUUGGAGAUUGUCGGGGGUAUUUUAGCCCAUUCCCUGGCAAUUGUCACGGACGCAGCUCAUAUCGUGUCCGACGUAUCAGGUUUCGCUGUGUCCCUCUUCGCCGUAGUGUUAGCUGGGAAGACCCCCACCUCCCAAUACACAUACGGCUAUCGUCAAGCUGAGAUCCUCGGUGCUCUGUUCUCCGUGAUGAUAGUGUGGUUCAUGACCGGCGUCCUCCUGUGGGAGGCCCUUCAGCGAUUCAUAGCUCUCGAAGAGGUUAAUGGUGGCCUGAUGAGCAUCAUGGCGCUCAUCGGCUUGCUGGUGAACUUUUGUCUGAUGGCCACUCUCGGUCAUAAUCAUAGCCACGGAGGAGCAAGCGUUGGUCAUGACCAUUCCCAUGGCAACGUAGAAGAAGGUGCACACACGCAUACUCAUUUGCAUGGUAGUACCGACUCUCGAAGGACUUCUGCUAGUAAUUGUCGAGUUUGUCACCACCGGAACCUUCAUGUGUCAAGUCGUAUAUUCCCGGCGAACACAUCGUUGAUUUGUACUGUGAAGUACAACAACCUCGCCUUGGAUGCUGCUGUUGUCCACGUCCUCGGAGACAUUGUCCAGUCUCUGGGUGUGUUACUAGCUGCCAUCCUCAUUUAUUGGGAGCCCUUUGAAGUUGGUUACAUCAAUGGCAUAUCGAAAUGGAACUAUGCUGACCCAGCGUGUACCAUCCUCUUCUCGGGCCUGGUCAUGUUCACCACCUUCAAAACAGUAAAGCAGUCAGUGCUCAUCCUGAUGCAGAGGGCGCCGGACGGUAUUGAUGUAGACCUACUGCAGACCAAGCUUAGGCACGUGGAGCACGUCCAAUGCGUCCAUGAUAUCCACGUUUGGAGUGUCGGUUCGACGGGUAGUAUCUGUACGGCUCACAUAGUCGUCUCCGGGUGCUCGAGCUGCAGUCGAGUACUGAGCGAGGCCACCAAGGUUGCCAACGACAUGGGUAUCAGCCAUACGACUUUCCAGCUAGAAGUACGAGCUGAGGAUGUCGACUUCAACGCCCUCCAGAGUUCCUGCUGUCAUAAUCAAGCGUGUAACAAGGGGGAUGAUACUUGUGGUGUGCCCUCAAAGGCGGUAUCAGCAUCAGUGGUGAUCGUCUCCCCUGAGGACGCUUCCCCACUGUUGCAGUAG